AUGGUGAGACUUUUGCUGCAAAGAGUGCUGCUUCUUGACAUACAACCUGAUCCUUUGGUUCUUAUACUAGGGAAGAGAGUCCCUAGUCUCAAAAAUCCCAUGCAGAAAUUGUAUAAUGUGCACCCAAUAAUUGUAUUUCUCUUUGGUACAGACACUGAACAGAACAAGUGCCAAGUUUAUUGCGUGAAAUCUCUGCUAUGCGCUGCCAUAUUAGUCCUGGAACUUCUUUUAUUGCUAUAUUAUUUUCUUCGCAAAAAAUAUAAGGAGUGUAAAAAGGAUAUUGAGGCUCCUGAAAUUUCAGAUAAUACUGUACUCCAUGGAACACAAAAAGGAGGAAGCAAAACACCUAUUAAAGCAGAAGUGAAGUAUGAGAAUGAAACUGGCAAAGAGGUCACUGAGACGAAAGAAGACAAAACAGAAGCUGAGAAAGAGGUCUCUGAGAAUAAUCCUGAAGUCAAAAUGGAUAGUGACAAAGAGGUCUCUGAGAGGAAAGAAGAAGAAAAACUGGAAUCAAACAUCUUAGAAGAAAAUGCUUCUGACAAAAAAGAGACAAAAAAGAGAAAGUGGAAGAUUCGUAAAUUGAAAUGGAUGACAAAGAGGUUUCUGAGAGGAAAAGAAGGAGAAAAACUGGAAUCAAACAUCUUAGAAGAAAAUGCUUCUGACAAAAAAGAGACAAAAAAGAGAAAGUGGAAGAUUGGGAAAUUGAAAUGGAUGACAAAGAGGUUUCUGAGAAGAAAAGAAGGAGAAAAACUGGAAUCAAACAUCUUAAAAGAAAAUGCUUCUGCCAAAAAGGAGACUAAAAUGAGAAAGUGGAGAAUCUGGAAAUUGAAAUGGAAGAGAAAAAAAGAACAAAGUGAAAAAGGAGCAAAGUGAAAAAGGAGCAAGUGGCAGAGAUAAAGAAAUAAUGGCUGAGAACAUAAAAGAGAUAUGUACUUGCAAGAAAGACAAACUACGUAGAAUUUUGAGCAGGUCCGGACUGAGAAUUAAAAUAGGCCCUGGCAUUUCAGGUACACAGAGGCCCAAUCAGCCCUCACAGAGGCCCAAUCAGCCCCCACCAGCCCACUAAAUAGUGAUUUUCUAUGGUACCUUAUAGCAGCCCUUCUGGCAUUUGCCAGAACCCACAGAUUGCCAGUCUGGGCCUGAUUAUGAGUAUAUUUUAUCUUCGAUGAUCAAGCAUAAGAAGCUGAGCAAGACAUAUGAAACCACGUGCAAUAUCUCCUACUCUGGUACCAUUAACUGCCAGACAAAUUUUAUAAGCGGCAACUAUUUCUAGAUCCAAUCUGUGAAUCAAAUUUAUUCAUCUAUACUUUUAUAACAAUUUUUUUUAAUAAAAUAGCUUUUCAAACUGUGAGACUUCUUAGUGUAUAUUUUAAAAAAUAUUCCAGCUUUUCCUUGUUUGUUAAAAUUUAUAUAAAUCUA